GAAACAUAACAAAAUAAGAUCAUUAAGAUGGUAGACAACUUCAGUUCACAAGCCAUUGUUAAUAGUAUGAAAUCUUUGCUUGUAGGUAAGUAUGGGGAAUCCACAAAGCAAAUCUGCGGAACAUACAACAGCGUCAGGUGUACCUAGAGGUAAAUCUUUGACUAAAAAACUUGCCGCACAUGUCAAGCUAUAUCCCGAUUGUGAUUUCCUUAAAUGACGUUGUUUCAGAUAAUUUGGAUUGGACAAAUGAUGGUGAGAACAACCUGAGUACCCCAUUUAUGACAGUUGGAUUGUCAAUUUACCACGAUUUAAUACUAUUUAUUUAUCGAAUUGAUCUCGCUUACUUGUAUGAAUGACACUCAGAUGGGCUGACACUUGAACCGUCUGGACAACCGGUUCUUCCGGAUAAUGAACUUGUGGGCACUGAAGGUGUAGGAUAUCAGAUGGCUGGGACAAACGUUGUUGAUAAUCACCCUAUUAGUCCAGGCCACUCGAUACCUGAACAGACCGCAGACCCGGUUGUUCCCCAACCCACUGAUGGUGAUAUCACAUGUGUUCAGCGGCCUCCCGAUCUGAACUCAGAUGUUCUUGAUGUGUCUCCUAUUGAUGGAGGAAUACACCUGUACACUAUGUCAACUGCUCAAGAUUUAUCCCAAACCGUUUCAACAUCCGAGCACAUGACUACAGGAUCUUUGGAGAAUGUCACCAAACAAACUAAAAAAGGUAUCUUAUCUGAUGAAAAAAGGGAGCAGAUAAACGCCAAGAGGCGAGCUAAUUAUCGGCGGAAGAAAGAGGAGGAAGCAAAGAAACUUGAGCAUGAAAGUCAAGCUUACCUUUCAACAUCUGAUCAGUCCAUCACUGAACAGACCGCAGUUGUUGUUGUUCCUCAACCCACUGAUGGUGAUGUCACAUGUGUACCGCGGCCUUCCGAACUGAACUCAGCGGGCAACCCGGCAACCUCAUCAACGUUUGUGUCUCUCAGUUGUCUCACUGACAAGUUAGCCGCAGCCGUAGCACAAAGUAGGCUCUAG